AUGGAGCUCCGACGAAGCGCAGCCUUAGCCCUGGUCGGCCUUCUCGCCGCCACCAGCACCGCGGCAGCGGCGGACACCCCUUCCCCCAACGAGCCCAUCCCCAAGCCCGACUGCGACUCCGACAUCGCGGUCUCGAUCCGUUACGCCGGCACCACGGCGCGCCUGUAUCUCGAGUCGGCAGACAACGGCACCACCCGCGGCGGCUGCGUGACCCUUGGGCAGAUCUGGGAGAGUCGGGCCGGCAAGGGGCCGCUGUACGCGGUAGACCCUGACUCGGGGAACGUGAGCACUAGCGCGACCGGCACGUGGCUUCUCACGGAGGAGCUGUACGUGGAGGACGGCAUCACGCUCAAGGUAUACGGGUCGGAGGCCGGAGGAGACGCUGACGAACUCCGACUGCUGAGCACUAACGAAACGUUCAUCAACCUCCGAGCGCAUGGCGGGAGCCUGGACUUCGUCAGCACCAAGGUCUUCUCGUGGGACACGAGCACCAACUCGCCGGACGAAGACGAAACCGACGGCCGGUCGUACAUCAGCGCCAUCUCGGAGAUCAUCACCGACGAGGAUGAGACUUGCGAGGGUAACGCCAAGAACACCAUGGGGGAGGCCCGCAUGGACAUCGAGAGCAGCGAGAUCGGCUACCUUGGGUACUGGGACAGCGAGAGCUAUGGCCUCACUUGGAAGGUUCGCGGGUUCUGCGAGGACAAGUCUAACCCGGAGGUGUUCGACGACGUGAACGUGUACGGCAACGUGUACGACAGCGACAUCCACCACAUGAACUUCGGCCUCUACACUUACGGCCACCAGCAGGGAGAUUGGAGGAGGAACAAGAUGCACGACAACUCCGGAUACGGCUUCGACCCUCACGACGACAGCGACUUCCUCACCAUCCACGACAACGAGGUGUACAACAACGGCUACCACGGUAUCAUCGCCUCCAAGCGCUGCAACGGCGUGUCUAUCCAGGGCAACGAAGUGUACGGCGGUGCCGAGACUUCUGCGGGCAUCUUCCUGCACCGCAGCAGUGACGACGCCAUCGUCAAGGGGAACUACGUGCACGACAACGGCGACGCCGGGUUGGCAAUGCUCGAGUCGUUCAACGCCGAUGUGUCCGAGAACACGUUCGAGAACAACAAGUACGGCGUGCGGUUGAGCGUGGGCUGUGCCGACAACGUCUUCUCCAACAACACCAUCAGCAACAACGCCGAGUACAACGCCUAUUCGUACCUUGGGACGGACGAGCCGGACGUUGUUUCUUCCGGGCGGUCCCAGAACAACGUAUUCUCACAGAACUCCUUCUCCGGCGCUGAGGAGACGAUCAAGAUCAAGGAGGCCGACGGCACCCAGUUCCUCGACAACAUCUUCGAGAUUGGCGAUGCCGAUGGCCUGGUGGUGCGGUUCGACAAUGCCACCGAGAACCUCAUGCAGGGCAACACCGGGCUCGACGACGGGGAGUUCGAGCUCAAGGUGGACAACGACGCCUGCUUUGACGGGGAGUCGGACUCCGGCUACGAGCCCGUCUGCUGAGUGACAUAGCCGUACUCCGCUUGUGUGCAGAUUUUGUGGACGGCCAAAACGGCUGCUGUAUAGUAUAGAGGUGUUGGUUUUGCUAGCUCUCAGCAGGGUACAACAACUCGGUCGUACGUCGGAUUGUGCCGGCAGCAUAAUCAUUAUCAAAUUUGGCUGCAUUACUGUUGUUCUCACCUUUUGUCAUGGCAUGGUUGUUCGUCCUUGGCAUCCAAAUUGUAAGGGGAUUAGGGUUCCUUUCGUUGUACUUGUACGAUUGUCGUCGUUCGCGAUUGAAUUUUUCUCGCGGACGCUACCUAGAUUUCGUCGCUCUCGUGAUUGUUGGUGUUUGUCGUGUCGAUAUUUCUGUUUCACGCCAUCUAGAUUUUCAUCGCCCUCGUGAUAAUUGGUGGUGAUCGUUGUGUUGUGAGUUGAUAUUUAACGCGUGGUGUGCAUGCCCCGUACUAUCUCAGCGUAAAGAAACGCGAAUUAUUGUUGACUUGCGGUGUGAUGUGGAGUGGUUGUCGAGGACGCAAGCUGAGAGGCAACAAAGAAUAUGAUAAUGGCCAAACAAGCGGUGUUCUGAGAGUAUGUUAACACCUUGUUUGGCCCUUGCUUCGAAUGUUGUUGUCUUUGUAUGUGAGCAUCGUGUGUUUGGUCCAGGCUACAGUACUAUUAUUGAAAGUCGUGAUAUAUUCUGGUUGUUUGUGUUACAUCUUGUUUUCGGGUACGAUGGUACAGCCGUUUCCUUUUACCAGCACUGUGUGGAAUUGUUGGGUGGUUUGUUUCGUGAUAAGCAGGAAGGCGGAUGCCAUUUCCGCUUGUCAUGCGGGACGUGGAGAGAUCGGCCGAACGUACGUAUUUUGAAGCAACAAGGCCGCCCUUCGGUGAUACUGAUGCAAUAGAGCUUCCAUGCGACCAACUGGUGUUGAGAAGGUAUAUUUCCCUUGAGAGGACCUUGUGCAAAUACCAAAGGCGUGUGUGAGUUUCAGUUUCGAGCUUAGGGUUCGAGAAAGUGUAGGCAUUUUCGUAUUUGAAUGUUGCGAUAUGUCCUCC